CGGCACCAGCACUACCACUAAAGAUCAGAUUCUCACUUUUUCCGAUGGAAAUACAACCUAUCUCAUGACCAAUUGGGGAUAUUUGCAUUACACCAUUGUUUCUGUGGGGACGCCUAGUAUCUCAUUUUUUGUGGCACUCGACACCGGAAGUGAUCUAUUUUGGUUGCCCUGCAAUUGCUACACGGCCUGCACCAGUACCUCGCAGUCUACUAAUUAUGGAGUUGUUGUAAAUCUAAACUAUUACAGUCCUAAUGCAUCAUCGACGAGCAAAAAUGUUCCCUGUAACAGCAAUAUGUGUGAACAACAAGGCCAAUGCCUUGAUCCAAACUCAUGUCCCUAUCAAUUAAUCUAUGUUGAUCAAAGUUCAACUUCUGGGUAUCUGGUUGAGGAUGUUCUUCAUUUGAAAACAGAUAAUACUCAUCAAGAAGUUGUUGAUGCACACAUCACAUUUGGCUGCAGUCAGACUCAGACUGGUGGUUUUUUAUUUGGUGGUCCAACUGAUGGUUUAUUUGGACUUGGAUUAGAUAAAUUAUCUGUCCCUAGCAUUUUAUCAAGUGCAGGUCUUACUGCAAAUUCUUUCUCUAUGUGUUUUGGAUCUGAUGGGAUUGGAAGAAUCAACUUUGGUGACAAAGGUAGCCCUGACCAAGGGGAAACUCCAUUCAUUCCUAAUCAAUUGAACCCAACAUAUAUUGUCAGUGUGACUCAAAUAACUGUGGGGAGAAAUCUCAUGAAUAUUAGUUUUACUGCAAUUUUUGACAGUGGUACCUCAGCCACAUACUUGAAUGAUCCAGCCUAUACGCAUCUUACUAAAAGUUUUAAUGCACAGGUCCAAGACAAACUUCUUCCAUAUGAUCCCAACAAUGGUUUUGAAUAUUGUUAUGAUACAAGUUCGACUUCUUCAUACUCAACGAUACCCACAUUGAGUCUAACCAUGGGCAGUGGCAGCCAGUUUCUUGUUUCUAAUCCCAUCUUUGGGGUAAUGAGAUAUUGUUUCUACUCUCUUCUCCUGUUUGAUCCGACAUCAUCUUAUUGCUUGGGUAUCUUCAAGAAUACUGGGUCUAAUGACUUGAAUACAAUUGGACAGAACUUCAUGUCUAAUUACCUUAUUGUAUUUGAUCGUGAAAGAUCAGUUUUGGGGUGGAAAGAAUCUGACUGUUAUGGUUCCAAGGUUUCCAGUACUACAAAAACCCAACCCAGUUCUACCGCAACACCUCCUUCUGCCACCCCCAGCAGCUCUACAGCAACACCUCCUCCUGCCACUCCCAGCAGCUCUACAACCAUUCCUCCUGCCACCCCCACCACUACUGUAGUACCGGGUAAUGUCUCUCCGGCAACUACAACGACCAGUGGAGGUUACGUCUUUUCUUCGGGGGCACCCACAGCUUCAGUUCAAUGGUCCCAAUGUUGGAUCCCUAUCAAUUACCGUUUCUUGAUACUUUUUCUUGUAUUUUUCACCAUUAUAUGA